AUGCAGGUGAUGCCCCUGCUUAUCGCAGACAACAUGGAGAAGAGCAAGCAGCCGGCUAAGGCGAAACGGGAACGGGAGGUGGCGGCGUUUGUGGCGUACGCCAGCUUCUACAAGGCGCUGGUGGGCGUGACAAAGCAUACCGACAAGUCCCUGGACGACGUCCGGGAGAUGGCCGUGAAGAUGGUGGCGGAGAUCAAGGCCGCAUUCCCUGACCAGACGUCGGACUGGAACAUCCCUAAGGUGCACCAGAUUGUGCACCUGAUUGACGGCAUACCACUGCGUGGUAUGCCGAACGAGACAUCCACCAACCUGUGGGAGCACACGCACAAGGGGACCGUGAAGGUGCCGGUCCGUGGCAGCAACUGGCACGACAUCCCGCGCCGAAUUGUCGAGGAGGAGGUGCAGCGCGAGAUUGCACGGGAGGUGGCGGCGGAAGCGGGUGGAAACAGGCAGUAUGUGACGGCGCUGCGCGAGGCCAGUCCUUCUGAGCGGUGGUUUUCAGACAUCGCAGUGUACCGGUCCGACAAAGAGGAGUGGUAUGCCAGGUGCCUCUGCAUCUUCCGCGCAGAGGUGGCAGAUGGGGAGAUGGGGCGACGCGUGUACGUUAAGUACUACGAGGCAGAGGGCACGUGCCCGAUGACAUCAUGCCUGCAGCUUUCUCCCGGCCGUGUGAGAACAAGAUACGCGGUGGUUCCCGUGGAGUGCAUCCAGAGGGUGGUGCACGUGUGCAAGUCCUAUGUGAACAAGUGUGUCAUGCUCCUGAACAAGUUCCUGCUGACUGAAUGA